CCGUCUCUCUCGCUGACAGCCGGAAGCUGCGGCAUCGUGUGUGUUUCGCUGGUUGUUGACGUGAGGAACAUGCGCUCAGUGGUCGGACUCAUCGCUGUGGUCGCUGCAGCCACUUUGUACCUGUACUGUCUGUCCCUCUACCUGCCCCCGGGACCCCGGCGACCCCCUCCUCCGCCCUCUGCCCAGAGAGAACAUGCGGACCCGGCACAGAGCGCUGACAGCACCGGGGAAGUCAGCAGGUUGAAGUUCCCCUCCGACUUGGACGAGCUGAGGGAACUGGCCGAGCUUCUGCAGUUUUACAAGACGGAGCACACUGGAUAUGUCCUGCUCCUCUUUUGCAGUGCAUAUCUGUACAAGCAGUCAUUUGCCAUUCCUGGAUCCUCAUUCCUGAACAUUCUUGCAGGAGCGAUAUUUGGACCAUAUGAAGGACUGCUGCUUGCCUGUGUGCUCACCACUGUGGGCUCAACCAUGUGCUACCUCCUGUCACAGGCCUUUGGAAAAAAUUACAUAGUGAACUUCUUUCCUGAUAAGGUCUCCAUGCUGCAGAGGAAGGUGGAGGAGAACAAGGACUGUCUGCUCUUCUUCCUGCUCUUCCUAAGAUUCUUUCCCAUGACACCCAACUGGUUUCUGAACAUGUCUGCCCCGAUUGUAAACAUCCCCAUCACCUUCUUCGUCGGCUCAGUCUUCAUUGGUCUCCUGCCGUACAACUUCAUCUGUGUCCAGACGGGCGUUAUGCUGUCUGACUUAUCAUCACUGGACAACUUGUUCUCCUGGGAGCGACUGCUGCAGCUGCUCGCCAUCGCCUGCAUGGCCCUGCUGCCCAGUGCUCUCAUCCGCCGCUUCAGUCAGAAACAUCUCAAACUGGAUGUCCAGUCACAGAACGGACUCGUCACAGAUAAAAAGGUCCAGUGAUUUGUUCUGGUCAUGAGUUUGUUCCUUGGUGUUUGGAAACACAGCCUCUUUUAUGUCUUUGGAGCCAUGUGGACAUGGAAAAGGGAUCUCAGCUUUUAAGACAAUGACAAGACUGUAACAGUGCAAUUUAAAUUGGUGUUUCUUUACCACAGCUGCUGUGGUAAAGAAACACCAUUUGUUUAUAUGGAAGAUAUAUGAAUGUAUUAUAUUCAUAUGAAGAGAGGUUGCACUCUUGUUAUAAUACGAGUAUGACUUCAGUGGAACCUGCUCGUGUUCAAAGUGCCUGACAUGCAGUUAAUGAUUCAAACUUCUACCUCCAGGAUGAACAUUUUAAAGGCCUACUCAUGUUUGUGAUUGUUCAAAUGAUUGUUUUGUUGGGUUUGUGUGAAUUAUUUUUAUUUGUAAAUGAAAGAAUGGUUGUAUUGAAAUAUUUUUCAUCUCUGAACUGAAAGUUUUGUAAUUUAAUGACCAGACUUUGGCCUAAAAAACAGUAUUCAAUGAUAACGAGUUGCAAUUGAAUUAAAUUAUUUU